AUGAAAAACUUCAACGAAGACAAGGACAGGAAUGAAAAGGAGCUGAAAGAAGCGCUUCUAAAGUUCCAAGAGAAAAACAUCGAGCAAGUCAGGGAAAUAGAAGACUUCAAGAAGGCCAAACAGAUGUUUGAAAAUGAAAUUAAGCAGUUGAAAGAGGAAAAGAAGACGUUCGAAUUGGAAAGAGAAGCAGAGAAAAAGAAGCACAUGGAUUCCUAUGACAGAAUGAAUGAAGAAUGGCAGACGAAGACCACUGGUUUGGAAGAGAAGCAGAGGAAAAAAUUGGAGGAGAUAACCAGUGAAUAUCAGUCGGUGCUGGAGGAGCAGAAGGAGGAGAACGAAGACAUUAAGAAGGAGCGAGACGAGCUCAAGAAGAACAAAGUGAGACUUGAAGCUGCGAAGAAAAAGAUGGAAGAGGAGAAGAGAAUCCUAGAAGUGACGGAGAUGGAUCAGGAGAAUGAGAAACAGCAGUUGGAGAUGGGAAGAGACGCUGAAAAAAGGAAAAAGAAGGAUCUUCUGGAUGAUCAUUCAAAGAAAUUGGAUGAUUUGGUCCGUGAACAUCAAUCUGUGCUGGAGGAUCAAGAAAAGAAGAAAGAAGAAAAAGAAGAAGUUGGAGAUGGAAUUGGAGAAGUUGUCUGCCGAGCUUGCCGAAUAAGAUGCGCGACGUCUCCAGUUGAAUCUUCUAAAAGUCCUGAAUGGAUUUUGGAUUAUUCUCUUCUUUUUGCCACUACCACCGAGGUCAAGGAAGCUCCAAAGAAGGCCAUUCGUUCGGACAUCAUGACCAGAAAGGAGCUCACCUACGUCAGAAGUCGUCUCCAACCAUGGGUCUCCUCCUCACAAGCUCACCAUGAAGAAGAAGAAGAAGGCUCCACCGGGAAAACCAAUUUUGACUCUUCGGCAUCUUCAUUCCACUCUCCACCAGCUCUGAAGGGCAAGGAUUCGUCUGGAAACAGUGCCCGUCUUCAUCCAGCAGUUCGACUUGGAUGUCAAUUUUCCAGCCGGGAUGAUGCCGUGAUGUCAAAAGAAAAGAACUUGCCAGAAGCUCCACGUCCAUCGAUUCCAGAAGCUCCACGUCCAUCAAUUCCAGAAGCUCCACGUCCAUCGAUUCCGGAAGGUAGAGAUCAGAAUGCUGAUCCAAUGGAACAAGAUGAGGAAGACAAUAAAAACCUCCCUGGUCCAGGACCGGCCACACUCGAGAUGAGGAACCUGAAUCUCCAACUUGAUGUUCCAAUGGAAGAAGACUAG